AUGUCGUCAGUACAUCUUCCGAUGAUCAACAUCGCUAAAGUGAGCGACUGGCUCACUAACAACACAAACAAAUAUGUUUGGCCCCAGCUAUUCUUGAUGUCCCCAAAUGGCACACUAUUAGCGUACUCGAAGCCAGUGCAGACUAAGGAGCUGCGCGACCAGGCUGCGCUCAUAUCUAUGACCUGGAAAGACCACUGUCAAGGGCGUCAGAAGCCUUCAGUCCGCAACGGAACUACUCAGGAUCAUUCGCUGAAACCUGCACUGAAGACACUCACUAUCGAGACCCCAGACUGCAACAUUAUAGUACGCCUACUGCAACCAGAACUAUUGCUCGUCCUUAUCGGCCGGAUCGCUCCGAGCAGGAAGCAAGCCUUCAAGAUUUCGGCUGAAGGUCAAGGAGACCCACGAUACCCAGAGUCUGACGUUCCUAACUCACGUCCUGGCUCAAGUUCUCAGCUACUGCCUGGUGAUGCUGCUACUGGUAAUUUUGGUGCUGAAGACCGUUUGACGGCUAAAAACAAGGCGCCUUCUCUGCUUAGCAACAUGAGUCAACGCGAUAAAGACAUCAGGGGUGGUGCACUCCAUGUUCAGCGUAAACAACUGGACGCCCUAGCCGAAUACGCCUUGAAGGAUUUCGCAGCCACCGGGUUUGUGAUGCCUGCGGACGCAGACCUACAUACUUCGCAAAGACGUCGGCUGACUGUUGCAGAUCCGGGCGUCGACUUCUCAGACAAUGCUACCAGAACUUCUACGGAAGUACGCCAGGUGUUCUUCAAUGUUGGCAAUGGUGAUUCGACUCUGCUCGCUGGGACCCUUGCGCCGUUACACGAAGACAAUGGAGAGCCCGAGCAGCCCAGAAUCGCCGCUCCAGCUGGUCCAAGGAAUAUGAAUGACGGCUCACACGAUGCUGACUACAAAGAUUCUGCGCGCAAUGAGGUCGAUCCGGGGUCGAAUAUAGCUUCAUACGACGCCCAAAUCUCGAGUAAUUACCAGGAGAGUCAGCCACUGCCGCAAGUUAGCCCAACACGCUCACAAAUCCCGACACCCACUGUACAGAGGGGGUCAAUUCGUGUUCGAUGUUGUCUUAAACCGCAACCAGCCCCAUUCACUGUGAAGAAGCUGGCUUUCGGACAGUUCCGACCGCAAGAUCCGCGUAGGGCAGAGCUGGAUCAUAUAUGGCGAAUUACCAUUGAUGUAGAGAGAAGGCAAUGGCAGAUGCGGCAUGGAUAA